AUCUUCGCCGAUGGCACUCAUGAUGUUCAUUGCCCUUGAGCGCCAAAAUUCUGCUGCCAACACCAUGCAGGUGGUCGGAGGAUGCCGCAACAAGGCUGGCGGCUGAGGCUGCACUGCCUAGAGGCCGCACCAUGUGUCGGUCUCUCACAACCCCCACCUGCCUCGCAACAAUGCACUUCUCGCAUGCUGUGAAGUAUGGCCGAAGACCCACAAACCUCCCUGCGACAUGCUUCGGGCAAUCUCGAUGAUACAGUAGAGAACGACAUAGACCGCCACCUCAACCGCACCUUUCGACAUCCCUCAUGGAUAGAAUCGAAGUCACAGAUACGAUUGUUGCGCCUCGCAAAUCGCAGCAACAGUGCCAUACCUUGUGAAGCUGAUUUGGACUUAUGCAACGUCUCAGACUUACCAAGCACCGAAUAUGCCGCACUUUCGUACUGCUGGGGCGAGGCUCGAUCAAGGCAAGAUGUACGGUGCAUCACGAUACACAGUCAACAGUUCGCUGUUCGCACAAACCUCUUUGACUUCCUACAAUCGAACGCCGCCUCAGAUCUUCGGACACCGAUCUACAUCGAUGCCAUAUGUUUGGACCAGAGGGAUGUGGAAGAGCGAAGCAAUCAAGUCGGGUUGAUGUCAGAGAUAUACCGGAAUGCGUCUAGGACUGUCGUGUGGUUAGGUUCCUGUCCACACGAGCAGGAGUCGAAUAUGGCGUCGCUUCGCGACCAAUUGGCAGACCUUGAGCUCCGAAAUUGUCCCUGGAACACGGCUUCACUUGUUGGGCUAAGUUUCCUUUGUUCCAGGGUUUACUGGCGAAGACUCUGGAUCGUCCAAGAGCUGCUGCUCAGUAAGAAGGUGGAUAUACAUUGCGGAGACUUCAUUUUUGACUUGACCGCUCUCGUUGAUCUGGUGUCGCUGCCAAGCACUCAGCAGCUCCUCCCCGAAAGCCAUGAUGCUAGCUGGCGGGACUGCUGGAAGAUUGCGAGACCUAGAAACUAUGCCGAGCAGAGCGCUCAGGAGGGCGAGAUCCGCGACGGCUGGCAGCCGGCAGUUCGACUCAUUCAUAAUCGCGUCAAGUGGCUUGCGAGAAGAACCGAUGCUGGUAAUGCCAUGCCUCCUUCCUCAGGAUUGCCGUUCCAUGAGGCAUUGACAGCCUUCCGAUACCAUCAAUGUCGUGAACGCAAGGACAAAGUCUAUGCUCUCCUUGGAUUGCUUGACGAAGAAGGCCGUUCGAUGAUGUGGUCUGACUACAAUUGCAGUAAAUAUUCAGUAUUCGAGCAGGCGGCUGUCACAUGUCUCGUCUCGCGUUGGAAAUCAUCCGACAUCUCGGCGAGAAUAGGAAGUCAGAAUUACGAAGAUCGCCAGUACUGCGAGAUGCUUGCCUCAAUGCUUGCUCUCCACGACCUCGAUGUUGAGUUCGGAAUAUCCAAGGCUACGCAUGGGGCAAGAUCUUACAUGAAAGAAAAAGACUAUGCUCCCGGAAAUACAGGGCAAAGUGUUGAUCUCGACGAAGCACAUAGUCAAACCAUACAGCAACCGUUACCCAGAAGCCACCAGAGCAUCGGAGAAGGGGUCGGCAAUGGUCAAUGUAUCUUCGAGCAGUCUUUGCGGCUUUUGCGCAACGAACUAUCCAGCGUAUAGAUACAAGAGUUCGAGUCAACCGACGGAAAGAUGUUGAAUGUCUCACUGGAUCAUUCAAGAAAAACAGCGGGCCACAGGGGCAAUGCGGGAUAUGAGCAGGCUCCGUGUGUUCUUAGACGCGAUGAGCGCAUAUGAAGGAAUCGUGGACUCUUGUUUUGACGUUCAGAAUGUAGUGGCAUACAUGUGGGUUUGUUCAAUGCGCCAUCGAGGCUAUCAAGUGCAUUUGCUAA